AUGACUUCAGCUCAACCCAACCCUUUGCUUCUCGCUGCCGAUAAUUCUCCAGACCUUCUACCCCUCCUUCGAUCGAACCCUGCCCUAGCUUCCGCCCAAGAUGAACACGGAUAUUCUUUAAUGCAUGCCGCUGCUUCUUACAAUCAUUUGGAACUUCUGCGAGCUCUUGUCACAGAGUUUGAUGUUAGUGUCGAUUUGAAGGAUGAGGAUGGGGAUACCGCAUUAUUUGUGGCGGAAACACUAGAUUGCGCAAAGCUACUGGUUGAGGAACUACAUGCAAAUUACAAAAUCAGGAGUGCUGAGGAUGGGUGUAAUGCAAGGGAAAGGAUAGAGGCAGAGGAGGAUUUUCCAGAGGUUGCGGUAUAUCUUCGAAUUAAGGAGCUUGAAGCCGAAGGAGGUCAACUAGUAUUAGAUGAGACAGCCUCCAGGGAGACAUUCAACGGCCAUCCGCCACCUAUUCCGGAAGGACUUUCAGUCGAUAUUGGUACUAUGAAUCCAGACGAGGACGUAGGAGAGGUUAUAGAUCCCGAAUUCAAAAGACGUAUUGACGAAUUGGCUGCUCGAGACGACUUUCAAACACCAGCGGGCCAGGAAGAAUUGAAAAAGCUUAUUACAGAGGCAAUUACUGGCGAAAUGGGAGAGGGACGAGAGGUUCGUCAACGGACAGAAUGA